AUGGCACCUUUUUCUUUUAUAAAAACAUCCAUAUUAAUCUUUGCAUACCUAUUCUUAUGGUAUCAAAUCAAUGAUCACCACCAGGUGAGUGCAUUAAGCACUUUAAAGGAUGAUGAUAUAUCGGAUGGAAGCGGUUUAUAUUCAUCAGAGGAAGAUAUAAAUAGGUCAAAUGUUGGUUUAAAGUCAUUAGGAAGUGAUGGACCACAUGUUCCAAGUGUGAGUUAUGGGGAUUAUCAUCCUCCCCAAGGAGGAGUAGGUUCCGCCCAUGCGGCACAGUGGAACACCCCAAGAGAUAGAAAAAAUGUAAAGGAUCAAUUUCGAAGAAUUUGUAAAAGAAUCUUUUGUCGUCGUGCUAUGAAACAUAGAACUAUACUAUUAUUAAUAUUGGGCAUGGUGGCCCUUGGUUUAUUUGUUUUGUAUUGUGGAAAAUCAUAUAUAAAAUAUUCUGACUGUGGUUACAUGGAGACAAUAUACGGUUGGAAGGACUUUUACACCUCCCUUAAAGAUAAUACACCUUAUUCAAUGUUAACGCACGCAGUUUUUACAGUUGCCGGAAUUCUCACAUUAAUCGCUUUUCUCGGAUACAAUUAUUAUAAAGCACGCAAAAAAUACGUCGAAAAAAAAAAAAACAACAAAAUUCUAUAA